AUGCUGCGUUCGAGGAUCGUCGCGUCUUCCUCGACGAAGAAGCGAUACGCCGUGCUCGAGAUCUGUUCUUCCUCGUUCGCUUCUUCCUCGUCGUCUUCUUCUUCUUCUCCGGUGUUGUUGAAACAUUCUCAUCAAAAUUCCCCGGGGACGAGAGCGAACGACGGGGGAGAACACCACCAACGAGGGAACGACGACGACGACGAUGCGAACCCUUCUCCUCCUGAACAGAAGAAGAAGAACAACACCACCAACAACAGCGAAAGGAGGAGGAAAAAAGCUUUUAUAACCAUUCGACGCGCGAUUGAAAUCAAAAGCGAGGACGAUGCCGUCGCGGGGAUCGAGAAUACGACGCGUUUUGCCGCGCUCGAGAGGGUGCAAAACGUCCUCCUCGAUGCGCGAGCGACGACGGCGAUCGGAGACGUGCUCUUUGGAAUCAUCACCGCGGAGCAAAAAAGGAGCUCUUCCUUCGAGGAUGCAAAGGAAGAGGAGGAAAAGACGAAGACGUUUACGACGAGGAGGAGUCUGUUUCUGAACGCCUGCCGAGAGGAGAGAGAAGAAGACGUUAAAGACGAAGACGAAGAAGACGACGGCCGAGGGUUGGCGUUCUUGUUGAGGAGGAAAAACUUUGCCACCGGGAACGAGUACUGGACGAUAGUGGCCAAAGCAAGGAGAGACCUGUCGACGACUGUUAAGAAGGAAGAGGAAGAGGCGUUCACGACGAAGACGAAGAAGAAGAACGGGAGCAGCAACGGAGGCAACACGAAGAAGAAGACUUUGAAAGAAGAGAACAAGAAGGACGACGAUAACAACAACGCGAAUUUUGCGAAUAAACCGAGCACAUCUAGCAGCGACUUUAACAACGGCGAUAGCACGACGACGACGACGACGACUCCGAUCAAAACUCGAUCGUUUCGAAUAGACGACCCUUCGCAAGACGCGUCUGUUCUCGAGGCGAAGGAAAGGGCGAUGAAAUUUUCGUUCUCGAGAGCGUUCAACGAGUGGUUGCACGAUCAACCCAUCGCGAAGAACCCGAGACGAGCCGGUCUUGGAGGGUCUAGGAAGAGAGCUAUGAAACAUCCGUGCGCGUAUACCGGGGAAAUGGGAGAGGAUUUUAUCGAUUGUGCGUGCGGGGAUAACGAAGAGUACGGAUUUAUGUUGGCGUGCGAGACGUGCGGCGCGUGGGAACACGGCGAGUGUUGCGGGGUGAAAUCGGAAGAGGCGAUUCCAGAAGGGUACGCGUGUUCGACGUGCGUGAAAGAGAAAACGGUGAAGCGCUUCCCCAAACACUUAGUGAUGGUUUUAGAUUACGAAGAGGAAGCGGAUGUGAAAAAGAACAAGAACAAGAAGGACGCGUUCAACGACAACUCGGCGGAGAAAGUUGAAGAAAACGAAGCGCUCGUGCAGGAGAUGAUUAAAAACGGUGAAAUCAUCGAGGACGACGAUUGGGGAUUGCAAUCGUUCGUCGCAAAGUCGCUCGGUAUUGACUCUAAGAGAGAGUUCGUGCUCCCUCCAAACUCACAGAGUAGUAACUUGGUCAACGCUAAGAGACGGUGCGUGUGCUGCGUGUGCGGAUGCGAACACACGGACGAAAUCGAGUCGAUGGUGAAAGCGUGUAAUUGCGUCGGUGGAGGCGCGAUUGCACACAGAGACUGCUUGGAAGAGUGGGAAGACGAAGAUAAAGGUAAUUUGAAAUUGAAAAAUGGCGAUAAGAACAAGAAAGAAAGCACUACCGAGAGCAAAGGCGGCGAGAAUAAAAAGAAGAAAAUGGUUGACGGAAUAAUUGUGGACGUGAUUGAGGACACUUCGCUUCCAGUCACUCCUUCUGGCACGCGAUCGUGGAAAAUAUUGGACGAUUUUCCAGUCAAGAAAUGCAGAGCGUGUUGCGGUUUUGGCGGUCUCGCCUGCGGCGGCAUCAAAGACGCGAAAGAAGGCGAAGCGAUAAUCCAAAACCAGAAGAGAAUACUCGCCGAAGCGGCGGCAAUGUACGAGGCGAACGCGAAAACCACGCGAGGAAAUCGCCCAGGCGCAACGAAACCGUUGCUUGACGUUAAGGAAGAAGACGCAUCUGGUGGAGACGCAGAGAACGAGCCUGUGAAAGAGAAGAAAAAAUCCGGGGGACGAGUAAAGGGAAGCCCGAACAAGAAGGAAAAGAAAACGUCCGACCGACCGCCGAAAUUGAUGACGAACAAGCAAGACAAGAAGCCGCCCGCCGCGAAGGGUACCACUUUAAUCAAGCCGUCAACUGUAAACGGCGUCAGCGUGAAGAAAGAGGAGAAGAAAGUCUUACAUCACAAUUCCUCGGGCACGAACAACACCACUUCGUCGGUAUUGACUCACUCACACAUUCCGUUGAAGAAACGGAGAUUGAUGAUGUUCGAAGAAGAUUCGCGCAACGGCAUGUACAAACAACAUUGA